UGGGAAGCUGCUGACCAAAGCCUUGCCAUAAAGCUCUUCAAGCAGAAAUGUGAACUGUUUUUCUCAGUGAAAGAAAUCAAAAAAGAAAAACAAGUGGACCAUAUCUUGCUGUCCUCAGGAGAGCCAGGCCUGAGAUUCUACAACUCAUGGGGCCUCCUAGCAGAGGGAGAGAAGGAUCCCAAAAAGGUAUGGGACAAAUUCCAGACCCAAGUUGAGCCUAAGACCAACUUCAGAGUGGCCAGGCUGUUCCUCCAACGCCUGAAGCAGGAGGAAGGCGAGUCGUUUGAUGACUUUGUUUCCAGAUGCAAACUCCAGGCCCAAAAAUGUGCCUUCAGGGAUGACCAGGAGUUCAAUGAAGGGGCCAUGGAACAAAUUGUCAUUGGCACAUGCCAUGCUGAGGUUCAAAAAGAGCUCCUCAGCAAAGAUAAUACUCUCCACCUGGACAAAGUGCUGGAGGUGGGUCGCACACAUGAAGUGUCCAUGCGGCACAUGCAGCAAGUAAAGAGCAUGCAAUCCCAAGAUGCCAACCAAGUAGCGCACUACCUGCAAAGAAGCCAGAAAGGUAACAAAACAUGCACCAGAUGUGGCUACAAGGCUCAUUUUCACAAACAAGAGUGGCCAGCCAUGGGUUCAACAUGUAAGGUGUGUGGAAAGCCGAACCACUGGAAUACUGUCUGUGGGAGGCUCAAGAUGUACAGCCAAGGGACAGCAAAUCAGGGUCACGGAACCAACAAGGAGCAACCCAAAGGCAUCAAAGGCACAACCAACCAAGCCGCAAACAACAAAACAACCAAAGCAGGUCAGUGCAUGCCAUCAGCAAAAAUUAUCCGUUCAGUCAGCCAACCCUCAACAGUCUCAAAGGAGCAGGUGCAAACCCAGUGAGUGAAGACACUCGAGAUGAGGCCUUCACAUACCUCCAAACAAGGCUGGACAGACAAAAACUGCUGGUGAACCUCAGAGUGAAAGUGGACACUGGUGCCCAGGGCAACACCCUGCCUGUGAGAAUGUACCAGCAAAUGUUCCCUCGCUCCCUGGCUGCUCAAGGUACGCCGCGGGCUGCUGAUGUUAUAAAAUCAGAUGUGAUCCUCACAGCCUACAAUGACACCACCAUCAAACAGCAUGGAUGCAUGGAACUGCUCUGCAGGUUUGGCAACAACAGCUGGACCCCAACCAAGUUCUUCGUGGUGGAGUCUGAAGGACCAGCCAUCGUCGGACUGCCAAGCUCCCGCCAGUUGAAUCUGGUGACGCUGCACUGUGCGAUCACAGCCACAGACAGCAAGGUGAACACGG